AUUAUCUGAGCAUGAAAACUCAUUUUGAACCUAAAGCCAUAUCGAACUAAUAAGAUCUGGCACGGCUUUGUGGCAAUUAGCUACCUAUCUGUCUACACUUACCAGCAAACACAGAAGUGUUUGGGGCUUUCUGACAUCUGACCAACACCUGAAGUAGUUCAACUAGCCCCCUGCCUGCUUGAGAAAGACCAUCCUGAUAGCAUCGGGCAGAAGAAAACAGACUCAGGAACUAAGGCACCAUUCCCAGCUGAAGUGGUCCAGGGAACACCACAGAUUUUACAUACAACAUGUCUGGUCUUGUGAAAGCCAAGAAAUAUGACUGGAAGGAUUCCAACCUGGCUCUGUUUGGAUCGGACACAGAGAAGCAGGUCAAAAAGGAGUCUGCUGAGCAGGAGGAGAAAUGGCACUCAGCAGGACAGGAGCCUGGUCUUCAGAUAUGGAGAAUUGAAAGCUUCCAGGUCGAAGAUUGGCCCAAGGAGGAAUAUGGUCGAUUUUACAAUGGAGACUCCUACAUUAUUUUGAAUACUUAUCAGAAAGAUGACUCAGAGGAGCUGUUGUAUGAUGUCCACUUCUGGAUUGGAAAAAACAGCAGUCAGGAUGAGUACGGUACCGCCGCGUACAAGACUGUGGAGCUGGACACUUACCUGGAUGACAAACCUGUCCAGCACAGGGAGGUCAUGGGUCAUGAGUCUGAAAUGUUCAGGUCAUACUUCAAAACUAUCCAGACAAUGGAAGGUGGAGCCAAGUCUGGAUUCCGUCAUGUUGAGCCAGAACAGUACCAGCCACGCCUUCUGCGUUUUAAUGGUCAGAGGAAAACAGUCACCAUCAGAGAGGUGCCUCUUCUGAAAAGUAAGCUUAAUUCUGGAGAUGUGUAUAUAUUGGACAUGGGAAAGCAGAUCUACCAGUGGAAUGGGACUGAUUGCAACAAGGAUGAACGAUUCAAGGCAAUGCAGUAUGUCCAGGAGCUGGAAUCAGAGAGGGGAGGAGCCUCAACUGAAGUUCUGGAUGAAGAUUCUGUCUCAAAAUCUCAUGAGUUCUAUGAGGCCUUGGGAGAUGGGGAUCCCGAGGAGGACGAGUCUGACGAGGAAACUGAGGAGGAGGAGAAGGUCCUGAUGAGGUACACGGAGGGUGAUGGAAGCGAAGUGAAAAGAGGAGACAUAACUUCUGAAGAUCUGGUUUCCAAUGAUGUAUUUUUAAUAGACACUGGCAAGGAAGUGUUUGUGUGGGUAGGCGCUGAUGCCUCCCCGAAUGAGAAGAAGAAUGGCUUCUCCUAUGCUCAUUCAUACCUCAAAGGCAAGGAAAAGAGCUACCCACCUGUUACAAUUGUUAAGGAGGGACAGACGAAUGCUGCUCUGGAAAUGGCACUCUCUGCAUAGGCAUCACCUGACCAAAUCUAACAGUACAUCUAGUUGGCUGUCUUUGUUAAAGAGCUGCCUUGCAUUGUGCUUCUGUCAGAGGCUUUACAAAUUAUUUUGUUAUCUAUGAUUUAUAUAUCACUGUAUCAAAGUCAUUUUCUACUGUAGCUUCAUAUUUUUUUUUAUGUUGUUAUUUUGAUAUACAUGUAGCUUUUCUUAUUUUUUGGCAGUUUACAUUUUCUAUGACUACACAUGACUAUAUUUAGCUUAUAAUUUAUAAUAGCCAUAGCUCCCAGCUUUAAAAUGUUGACAACCAAUUUUUGUUCUAAAAAAAUUUGAACCACUAUUAAAUGAUGGUAACAUCAUGACUUGGUGCUACAUUUGAAUCAUACCCUUUUACUAAUAAUGAUUAAUAUUGUUAAGGUUAUUAAUAAAAAGUGUUACAAUGCCUUUACCCAAUUAGUGCAAUAGUGUUAGUUACCUGCUUGUACAAAUAUAAUGCAAGCUCGCUGCUCAUUGUUCAAGUCUGUGGCAAGGCCUUCCAUUGAGGGCAAAAUACUCAUGUCUGUAAUGGGCAUUAACUCUUAAAUCUGUAUGGGUUGUAAAUUGUUGAAAUAUAUAUUAUUUCGUAAAGAAAAAAAAUUUUCUGUUAGUGAAAAUUUCUGUCAAAUUAUCUUGGAUGUUCUGUCAUUUUAGAAAUAAAGUAAUCUGCGGAGUCAGUAUUAUGCUCAUUGUCAAAAACUGUGUUCAGUUUAAAACUGUUGUAAGAAUACCCACUGAUUAAAUUGUCCCAAAACCUGCUCUAAUUUAGCUAAUUACAAUGAUACAACAAGAACUGUGCAAAUGGUACCUAAUGUGACUUAAGUGUCCAGCGCUUAUGAUGAAAAUAAACAUUUAGAUCUUGUCA